AUGUCCACAGCUGCCCUAAUUACUCUGGUCAGAAGUGGCGGGAACCAGGUGAGAAGGCGAGUGCUGCUGAGCUCCCGCCUGCUGCAGGAGGACAGGCGCGUGUCGCCCACGUGCCACAGCUCCACCUCGGACCCCAGGUGUUCUCGGUUUGACCCCGACGGGAGUGGGCGUCCGGCCACCUGGGACAAUUUUGGGAUCUGGGAUAACCGCAUCGAUGAGCCCAUUCUGCUGCCCCCCAGCAUUAAGUAUGGCAAGCCCAUCCCCAAAAUCAGCCUGGAGAACGUGGGCUGCGCCUCGCACAUUGGCAAACGCAAGGAGAACGAAGAUCGCUUCGACUUGGCUCAGCUGACAGACGAGGUCCUGUACUUCGCCGUGUUCGAUGGCCACGGCGGACCUGCGGCAGCAGAUUUCUGUCACACCCACAUGGAGAAGUGUAUUGUGGAUUUGCUUCCGAAGGAGAAGAACUUGGAAACUGUGUUGACCUUGGCUUUUCUAGAAAUAGAUAAAGCCUAUUCCAGUCACGCCCACCUGUCUGCCGAUGCAACGCUUCUGACCUCUGGGACUACCGCAACAGUAGCUCUGCUGCGAGAUGGUAUUGAACUGGUUGUUGCCAGUGUUGGGGACAGCCGGGCUAUUCUGUGUAGAAAAGGAAAACCCAUGAAGUUGACCACUGACCAUACUCCAGAAAGAAAAGAUGAAAAAGAAAGGAUCAAGAAAUGUGGUGGUUUUGUAGCUUGGAAUAGUUUGGGGCAGCCUCACGUAAAUGGCAGACUGGCGAUGACAAGGAGCAUUGGGGAUUUGGACCUUAAAACCAGUGGCGUGAUAGCAGAACCUGAAACAAAGAGGAUCAAGCUACAGCAUGCAGAUGACAGCUUCCUGGUCCUCACCACAGAUGGAAUUAACUUCAUGGUGAACAGUCAAGAGAUUUGUAACUUUGUCAAUCAGUGCCACGAUCCCAACGAAGCAGCCCACGCGGUGACUGAACAGGCCAUCCAGUACGGGACGGAAGAUAACAGCACCGCAGUCGUGGUGCCUUUUGGCGCCUGGGGGAAAUACAAGAACUCUGAAAUCAACUUCUCCUUCAGUAGAAGCUUUGCCUCCAGCGGACGGUGGGCCUGACCGCUGGCUGGGACUAGGGAGUUUCUGUGCGACGGGUUUUCACCUGAGCAUGUCAAAAAGAAAUGGGUAAAAAUCAAAAAUCUCACCUGUGCACGUGUGAACCUGUGACUCACUAGAUCAGCACACAAGUCAGUGUAACUUAAUAACCACUUACGUAGUAGCUGUUUCUCAUGUACCCGUUGUAUUUAACUGUACAUUCUCAGUGUAAAUAUGUGUGUGAUCGGCUGUUCUGAAUGUCCGAGCUGAGCGAGCACGUGAGAAGUGGUUUGAAUGCACUUGAAGAGAGUAUUACAUUUCUGAUUUUUAAGACUCUUAGGCAGCUAUGGGUUUUCCUUUAUUCUUGUUCCUUUCUAAAUUUCAAAUUCAUACGAGGAUACAAAUUGUUAGGUGACAUUUUCAAUUCUCACUUUUGUUCUUUGUUCACUUGAAUGCGCUCUUCAAGUUCUUCAAAGCUAGUGAGCUUGACAGCUUUUCAGUGUGUUCGCUGCAAGUUUUUAUUUUUAUGUUCUUCCACACUUCCCUGUUCCUAGGAUGCAAGUUUUUAUUUUCAAAAACUAUACUAAGAAGUAAGUUGGAAAACUGACUUCCCUGUUACCAUUUGUAUUUCAUAUUCUGGACCACUCAUCAGUAACUGUAACUAUGCAAAAUAAUACAGAUGACAUGACAUGGCUAAAUUGUAUACAUAUUUACAACAGCACAGUUGGGUAUUUCAGCUGUGUCACCAGCCCCGUGCCUACGCAUUCCUAUUUUCUAUCGUUCAGAAUGCUGUAUAGCAGGAUAUAGCGUGUGACUAUCCCUUAGUAUCAGAAAAGAAAGCACAGGCUAAGAGUCUUUUGGCCAAAAUGAUAGAAAGUUGAAUACUGAUUGAUUGUAUCAACUAUUUUGUAUAAUGUGUUCAUUUCUUACCUCUGUUUCGUGUUUUGUAUAUGGUAUAUGUAUAACACAUUUUGUAUAGAGUGAACAAGUUGAAUAAUUUGCGGGUAAAAAUAACACCACCCUGAUAACUGCGAUAGACACAGCUUGAGGCUUCUGUCUCCAUUUUGCUCCUUUUUAAGACGUAGAAGAAAGAAUACAUCUGAAACAAACAUUAAAACAUUCUGUAUUUCAGCUUGCUAUGUAAAGUAGCAGUGUAAACUGUACUUCUUUUGACCUGCAUGUAAAUUCUCUCAAAAUGUGAAUUGGUAAAUGUGUGCUUGAAAUUGUACUGCAGUUUAUUUCUGCAAACUCUGUAAAUUUGUUGUGUGCGUGUGUGUACAUAUGUAUAUUUUGGAGUAAUCUAAAAUUGAAGGGAACAAUUCUGCAUAGCUCCUUCACUAGUUAGCUCUAAGUUAUUGAUAUGUUGAUCUCUAAGGACGCUUGACAGACUGAAGUUAGUUUUCUUAUAGUGGAGAACAAACCCACGGUUAUCAGCAGAUGAGGAAACGGCUGGAGAAAAGCUCAAGGAGGUAUUUUAUGGUGGUUAAUUUAUCUGGAAAACCGAGGAACAGAGCCAGCAUGUUGAAGCUACCUUGCGAUGUGACAAUCUGUGUAUAAAAUAAUAGUAUGGGAGAAAAAUGCUGAAUGUUAAGGAUGAUGUGGAAUUUUGUGGUUGAAAAAAAGAAAAAG